GUUGAGGCCCUGUCUGCACUGCGAAACACACACGCAAACUUAAAGUGCGCCCCCGAUGGAGUCGUCGACGCCCACGCCCUACAAGCCCUCGCCGCUCUCCUUCAACAACACACAGCGCCAGUCGCCCUUUCGCCGCCCAGGCUCCAUCCGAGAGGCCUCGCCCUCGACCCUCCGGCCCUCGACACCCACCAGCUCGCCGCUGAAGCCCAAGGAGACGCCCACGACUCCUUCGCAGGCAAACCUCCGCCCCACGGCCGCCGCCGCUGGCAAUGCACCGCCAUCUCCCCCGCCAUGGCUGCACACGCGCAACCAGUCGGCCACGCCAGAGCCCACGUCGCCCGCGCGCAAUGGCUCGCCCACGCGCAACGUCUCCUUCAUGGGGGGCAGCUCGGUCCGCCCGCUAAGCACGGCGUCGAUUGCUGCCAAGUUCGAGGGCGCGGGCAGAGAAGACGCCCCGCUGCCUCUCGCCUUCCGCAAAGCCUCGCCGCCCGUUGACCCUGUCAAGCCUGUCGAAACGCUGGCAGACCGUUUGGCAGAGUACCCGUCAGCACGCUCUCCCGCCCGCUCUCCCGCUCGCUCGCCUGCACGUUCGCCUGCACGUUCUCCCGCCCGCUCGCCAGCACGCUCGCCCGCCCGCUCACCAGCGCACUCACCAGCCCCCAUCGAGCGCCUGGCUCCCCGGCCAGUCCCCGUGCAACGACGAGUAUCGAGCGAUGCCCUCUCCAAGCUGCCCCCGCCUCUGCUGCACACCAUGCGCGAGUCGUUUAGUGUCAUGGACCGCGACGACGACGGACAUGUCAAUGCCGCAGAUGUGGCCGACAUGCUGUCCCAGCUCGGCCUCUCAGCCACACCCUCACAGCUCUCGUCUUACUUCAAAGGUGCACAGUCCAUCAACCUAGCCACGUACCUGACCACACUGUCCGACCUGUUUGGCAACCUGUCGCACCAGAGUGAACUGAGCGCAGCCUUUGAGGCCUUUGACGACAACGACGACGGACAGAUCGACCUGGCCGAGCUGAAAGAUGCUCUGCUGCACACGGCACCGCAACCGGGAGAGACGCUGCUGACGGAGCGCGAGAUUGACAUGGUGGUGGAUGGAUUCAGCGGGCGGAGAGCCUUUGGCAAGGGCGGCAAGGGUCUGGGCAGGGGAGAGGUGUUUAGGUAUCAAGACUUCAUGUCCAAUCUCGUGGGCGGCGGUAAUAGCGGGGAGAAUGCCGAGGGAGCUGCUGCGUCUGCUUGAGUUGGGCGCUGUAUCCCGUUGCGACAUGAAGAGCCUGGCUGAGAUACAACCAGGAUUAAUGAAGGAACCCGACCUAGCCAUAAGGUCAUAAUGCUACGCAAGCUCUAGCCGCACACUCACAACCAAUGCACUGCAAAGCAUUGUCGCUUAUCUGAAUCACCUGGUGGUUUCGCUACCACAGCAAAGCAUAGCAUAGUCGGCAUGCUCGAGUCUUGGCCGACGACGACACCGAGGUGUGG